GUCCACAGCUGGUUAGCAUUUCCAUUGUCUUUCUUAUGAGAGGAAUAUCCGCUACAAUCGUCUCUUCUUUUCUUAUUCCAACACACGUCUUACCCUUUCUUAGUCCACCAUGGCGGACGAGCAAGAGAUAAUGUGCAAGCUAGAAAACAUCAAAGAAAUAAGGAAUAAGACAAUUCAGAUGGAGAAGAUCAAAUCUAGACUGAGGACCGAGUUUGAAGCUCUGGAGUCAGAAGAAAAGCACCUGAGAGAGUACAAACAGGAAAUGGAUCUUCUGCUGCAAGAGAAAAUGGCUCACGUAGAGGAGCUGCGGCUCAUUCAUGCGGAUAUUAACGUGAUGGAAAACACUAUCAAACAGUCAGAGAGUGACUUGAACAAACUGCUGGAGUCCACCAGACGUCUCCACGAUGAAUACAAGCCACUGAAAGAGCAUGUGGACGCCCUGAGGAUGACCCUCGGCUUACAGAGACUUCCAGACCUCAGCCAGGAAGAGGAGAAACUCUCGCUGGACUACUUUGAAAAGCAAAAGGCUGAGUGGCAGACAGAACCCCAAGAGCCCCCUAUUCCAGAAUCCCUGGCGGCGGCGGCAGCUGCAGCCCAGCAGCUUCAGGCUGCUCGAAAACAGGACGCCAGGCAGACGGCAACGUUCCGACAGCAGCCGCCACCAAUGAAGGCUUGCCUUUCCUGUCACCAACAAAUCCACCGGAAUGCACCGAUCUGUCCUCUCUGCAAAGCCAAAAGCCGCUCACGCAACCCUAAAAAACCCAAGAGAAAACCUGACGAGUAACAUACAGUGCUUUCUACAACCUUGGAGAAAACCUGACCAACACACACGACCCCAACAGAAAAUGAUCCACUUAUAUAAACACACUCACUCAUGCUCUCAUGCAUGCACAUUCCCAAACACACACAAACACACAUUUACUUUCAUACACAAACACUCCAUUGUCCUGGAGAAAUGGACCAUCUGCAGUCUGAUAACUCGACCUCUCAUAGUGAUCCUGUAGUUCAAUCUGUCUUCCUGGACAUGAGGUCGUCGUUUUUCAUUUCAGUUUUCUAUAAGUGAACCCUUGAUAUCGUGUUUGUACCGUGUCUGUAUUUAGUCGCUAGUGGAAAAGGAUGCAGGUUUAGAAAUAUUGGAGUGUACUGUCGUGCGUGGGGUUUUAUUCUAGUGCAUUAGUUCAAAACUAAACUCUCUAAAGUGGCUUUAGUCAUCAGAGCCGGUUGUACGGUAUUCAUUUAUUACUUUAAUAAGGUUAAUUGAUUAUUAAUGGUAUGAGUUUACAUAUGUCAUUUUGUUUUAUGAUAAUAGUGCGUAUUGUUUUUGUUGUAUUGUGUUCUGAUGGUUUGAACAGAAUUAGCUUUUACCUUUAAAUGUGGUGCUAGUGGUAUGUGAUUGGGGAAAAGAGGGAACAAUAAAGAAUUAGAUGCAACAGUGAAAUAUUGAACAUAUUUGGAAAGUGGCAUAUUUCUGGAUUCUCUUGAAACCAUUGUUCAAUUUGACUGAAUGAGCUGUUAAUUUGUAUUUGACUGAAAGGGCAUUAUGAGCUUGUUUGAAUAUUCAGUAUUGAAGUGUUGUGUUUGUGUCUCAUCUUUUUCUGAGAAUCUUUUUUUGAUAAUAAUAACAAUAAUUAAAAUCUGUGAAGCUAAA